GAACAACUGUGUCAGUUAACCAAUACAUCAGGCAACCUUUCUCACGGUAUAUUGGUGAGGUUUGAGUCUGGAGAUUAAUGGUUACAUUGCAAUUUAAUCUUUCAAAGUGAGUAUUUGAAAGUUUACGUGUGCUAUGGUUUAUUUCUGAGUACUACAUACACAGGAUUUUCCUGCUUUAUUGGCAAUUCUGUUUACAUGGGGUAAGGCCCAAUUUGUAAACAGUCCUGAUUACAUUUAGGAUCAGGGCUUAAAUACUUUCACAUUUUAUUUAUAAACAUUUAAAUAAACUUUAAAAGGGCCCCCCAAACCCUUCACUUUUUAAUACAGUAUCGCUGCUGUCCAUUUCCGCGAAGGAUGACUCCUGUCCAUUUAGCCACCGUGUGACACAAAUAAGUCAGAUGCCAUUUCCCAUAUCAAGAGGUAUGAGGGAAAGUUUCGGUUGCUUGUUUUUCCAGAUGACUACGCCGGUGUUAAAAGUCACUGCAGCCCUAGUUGGGAAGAAAGUGGGUGUUCAAGGAGAAAGGGGUUUUGUGGGAAAUGAUGGGUGAGGCGCCCCAUUAAUUUUUGUUGGGACAGCUUUUUUAAGGAGAUCCGUUAUUAACUCUGAAGAAACGUCUCCACCCCUAUCGUUCAGCCUGGACACAGAGGUCCUCCUCUGAGGGUCUUCUGGUGGUUCCCUCACUACGAGAAGUGAAGUUACAGGGGACUAGGCAGAGGGUCUUCUCGGUAGUUGCACUGUUCCUGUGAAAUGCCCUCCUAUCAAAUGUCAAGGAAAUAAACAACUAUCUAACUUUUAGAAGACAUCUGAAGGCAGCCCUGUUUAGGGAAGUUUUUAAUGUCUGAUGCUUUAUUGUAUUUUUAAUAUUUUGUUGGAAGCUGCCCAGAGUGGCUGGGGAAACCCGGCCAGAUGGACAGGGUAUAAGUAAAUUAUUAUUAUUAUUAUUAUUAUUAAUAAGAGUCAUUAUUCUUAUUAUAAAAAAAUAGCAGGCGGGCAUCAGGCUGAGGAAGGCUGUUAUUAUUAUUUCCUGCGGGUGCCCGUUUAAAAUAUAGCAUAGCUAAUUUUCUCACUGCAGAUGGCGUCUGCUAUUGUGAAGUAAAUUGUUGCUUGGACAACUAUAAAAAACAGAAAAUAGUCACAACACCAAUCACAUUUUGCCUAUAUAGCCCUACUGCAUGGAAAUAUUUGAUUCCAAAUGUUGGAAAACAAUGAAAUAGGCAUAAUUAUCUUAGCCUAAAAUUAUCAGGUGUUGACCAGAUAAAGAACUACUCAACUUUUAGAAGAUAUCUGAAGGCAGCCGUUUAGGGAGGUUUUUAAUGUUUGACGUUUUACUAUGGUUUUAUAUGUGCUGUAGGCCACCCAGGGUGGCUGGGGAUAAUAAUAAUAAUAAUAAUAAUAAUAAUAAUAAUAGUUGAGCCUUUUGGAGGAAAUCAUGGGUAAAAACACCCCCAAUGCAAGGAGCAAGCCUUCGUGUGGGGGGGGAUCUGCUAGGGGCAUAGUUUCUGUGGAUCUGGGGAGGUGGCAGCCCAUUAGUCGACCGCCUUUAAAAGCUCAAGGGAGGCAGAAGCCAAGGCUCGCAUCCAAUUAGCCUCGGCAAUUCGCGUCGCUCCUCGAGCGAUGGGCGUGGCUUCCUCCCGGCUCUUCUUGUGGGGCGGGAAUAGCCUCGAUUCGCACGUGUGCCUGGAAGCGGGAUGGAUGUGGGAGCCGGGGAGUUUGAGGAGAAGUUGCCGAAGCUGCAGGAGCUCAUCCUCGGCUGCGACUUUGUCGGUGAGGGAGAUGCUGGGGGUGGGGGGAAGCUAUCCCUGCGAAGGCGGGGUGGGCAUCUCCCAAUGGCCCUCGGCUGGCCUUGGGCUUAGCUGAUCGAGCUGCGGUAACGGGGAGGAGGAGAAGGGAAGGGUCCCCUGGGCACAUCUGCCAUAGGCCAAGCCUCGACGUGCUUGCAUGGAAGCAAACCCCACUGAACUCAAUAGGAACCCGCUCACCCUCUCCAGGAUUAGCGUCCUUAAACUAAUAUAACGGCAAUCGUUGCAAGCCUACUGGGAAUUUUAGUUCUGGAGGGAGAGCCAGUGGAUUCCUCAGCAGAAUGCUCAUGGCUUGUGCCAUGUUAAGUCCUCAGAAUUCAUUAGGGAAGCGGAAACCAAGGUCAGUGUUUGCAGAUCUGCUUCAGAGUAGCAGGAGUGGCUGGGGUGAGCUCUCAACUGCUACUGAAGGAGAGUUGAGAGGAUAGGUGGCUUUAAAAACAAAUACUGUAAAUAAGCAAGCAGGCUCCCAGAUCCCAAGGGAGGUGGAUCGCUCUGAUCAUUAAGAACCUGGCAACUUUGGAGGUGCCCUGGCACCUUGUCAGUCACUUCUCUUUCAGCUGCAUGGGGUUAUCUUGUUUGGAGUGUAAAAUCUUUUAUUUUUCUUAAUAUUGAGGAGCUGAGGAGGCGCCGUCUCCCUCCUUAAAGGUAAAGGUACCCCAACAGUAGGUCCAGUCGCGGAUGACUCGGGGGUUGCGGCGCUCAUCUCGCUUUAUUGGCUGAGGGAGCCGGUGUACAACUUCCGGGUCAUGUGGCCAGCAUGACUAAGCCGCUUCUGGCGAACCAGAGCAGCACUCCCUACUCUGGUCUAAAUAACAAAACAAACAUACACUAAUAUUUAUGUACAACUUAAUCAAAAAGGUCUCAAAACGGUUUACAUGAAGCAAAACAGAAUACCUAAUAAAAUCAAACUUUAAAAAAAACAAGUAGAUGUACUGAAAUUUAUCAAAAUGUGAUUAAAUAAACAGUUAAAAAACAAAUAUACAUAAUAAAACCGCACAAAUGCACAUAAUAAAAUUGCAUGUCUGGAUAGGAUUUCCUAAACAAAACGUUUUUAGUAGGCAUCACAAACAGUACAAAAAUGGCACCUACAUAAAUAAAAGGGCAGGGAAUGCAGAGUGUAGGUUUGACUACUUUAAAAGAGUGAUCCCUAUUUUAAAGAGGUAUUAUGUGGUGUUUGUUAAAAGUCCCAGUUCUGCAGGUUGAAGAGGUUGGAGUAAGGUGAUCCUUCAACAGUUCUCAAGCUGCUGAGGGCUUUAUAUAUUAAUAACACCUUGGACCAUGUAACAAAUCAGCAGCCAGUGUAGAGCUUUGAGGAGAGCUAUAAUAUACUGACAAAAUCUAACUCUUACUGGCAGUCACAAUGUAGAAUUUUGCAUUCACUAUAGUUUCUGAAGCAAGCACAAGGGAAGCCUCACAGAAAGUGCAUUGCAGUAAACCAGUCUUGAAAGGACCAGUAGCUUGUCAACAAUAGUUCAGGUAUCUGAUUCCAGGACUGGCAAGAGGUUUUGUACCAGCCAAAGCUGAAAAAAGGUGCUCCUGGCUACCUGGACUUCCAGUGACAAAACUGGGUCAGGAAAAGUGAUUAUUUGCAGCUGGUCAUUAGUGUUGUGCCAUGACUAACAAUCAAGGUAAAUCUAAAUUCCAAAAGUUUUAUUGCUAUAAUAGUUACAGUUCUGAUGAAACUUCUUAAAAUCAACCAAACAUAGUGAGUUGGUGUCUCAUGCAAAGGACUUGAGAGCAUUGAUGGAACCGGCAGAAUAUAAAAUUACAAAAAAUGCUCACAGUCUAUUUAGUAGUAGUGGGGAAGGCAAAUAGUUUAGUUUGGUGCCCUUUGCUGUGUUCAGUUUGUUCUUUGUAUUUUGCAGGCCUUGACAUGGAGUUCACAGGUUUGCAUUCUACCUUUCCACCCAGUAAUCAGCACAGGUAAGUUUGUCUAACCAUACGUAUUUUCAGAAGAUGUGUACAGGAGUACUAUAAAGGUGCAUCCACAACAUGGAAGUAUUUCAUGAUUUCCCCCCUUCUCUCCCAGCCUCUUUGAUUCACCUGCUGAGCGCUAUCAAAAAGCCAGACAGAGCGUCCAGCAAUUUACAGUGAGUCAGCUUGGUGAGUUCUUUUUGAGUUGCUAAAACUCAAAUGUAAAUCCUGUACAUGCAGCAUGAGUGAGAGACUGAGGGGCAUUAAGGAUCUGGGUGGGAAUGCUUGUGGUGGCCGUAUUUUGGGUUCUAGUGGGAGAUUGAAAGGGGCUUAAGUCCAGAUUACCUCUUCUCCCUCCUUGAGCAAGGCAUGAAGCUGUUUCCAAGGGGCUUUUAAACAGACCAGCACUGCGCUUUGAAGUAAUGAUAAUUGGGGCUGCAAAGCACAGCAUCAGUUGAUGUUACCAUGAAGUCAUUCGUCUGAAGGCAGGCAGCUCUGCCAAGUUUGGCCCACCAAGGGGUGAAGAGAUAAGGUUCCCCAACUCUGUUUUAGAGGAAUACUCUGUUUCCUGCAUUGUUUGUUCAGUGUUACCAGAGCAGAGAUGUCUCUUUCUCUAGGUAUUUUGGGGGGUUGUGGCUCUUCUAGGAAGUAGUCAAGAUGGAAUUAUUGGAUAUCUGCAGUGCAAACAUGAUUCUUGGGGUAGUAUGGGUGAGUGUAAUACAUCUAUGAACAAUAUAGCUGUAAAUCAGUUCCUCAUAAAUAGCCUCUCUACAAACACCUAAGGUUCCUUGCAAUGUCUGCCAGUAUUUGGUGCUAAAAUUAAGGCGAAUUUAGCUUUCCACCUGAAAGGUUGCUAUUGUAAUUUUCAGCAAAUGACUAGAUGGGUGGAAUCCUUACUAAUAGGCAAAUGGUUCUAGCAUAGCUUUAGCCAAGGAAUAGAGAAGAACACACAUUUGUGAUCGAAAUGUCACUGUGUGCAGGUGCCUGUUUUGUGUGAUAACAUUUUACAUUUUUCUUUCAGGUUUGUCAAUAUUUUCCAAUGAAAACUCCAACAAGUACGUAUAGUGUUUUCUUGUCAAUGGUUAUAUUUAGCUGGUGAUCAUGGGAUAAAAAUGCUGCCUUUCAGCCCUUCCCUGGCAGAAAUCUUGUUAGUUAUUCUGCUUUCUUUGCAGGUACGUGGCUCAUUCCUAUAACUUUUUUCUCCUUCCCAUGACAUUUGGCCAAAUGGAUUCUGAGGUCUGUUUCCAAACAUCUAGCAUUCAGUUCUUGUCUCACUAUGGUUUUGACUACAACAAGGUAGGUUUUCUGUUACAAAUAGGCUAGGCAAACAAAAUGUGGAUUUUUGGACUUGUUUUGCCAUUUAAUUACUGUUAUGUCUUCUACUCGCACAACAGGGUUUCCCUCUUCUCCCCAUAUGCACCUCCCAUACCUCCUGAAAUUGGGUCAGGCUGGGUGGGUUGGAAGGACCCCCCAGAACAGCAUGUGCGGGAGGAGGGAGGGGUCGUUCCAUCUGCCAACUGGAGCUUUGUUGCACUUGAGAAUUUUAAAGCACUUGAAUUUUUAAAUUAAUACUGGAGUACAGCCACUUAUAGGAUUGGUGUAGUCAAAUGAACAGAAGGGAUAGUUCUGGCACCCAUAUUCCUUUAACACAGAAACUUUCUGAGGUGUAACUUUUAUCCUCCCUUCUCUCCCCACCCCCAAGUUUCUUAAAGAUGGAAUCUCAUACAUGAAUGAAGCACAAGAGAAGAAACUUCAGCAACAACUUUUGCGCGGGAACUUGAUGGUCCACAGGUAAAACUGAUCUUUCUGUGAGAGUCUGUGGAGCGUUCUGGUAAGUCCAGGUUCAAACUGGCUCACAAGUUUCAAACAGCUGCCUUGCUCUUCUAUCUCCAGUACCUUUGAAAAGGACAAGCUGAAAAAAGUGAUUGAUGAAGUAACUUGCUGGGUGUCAUCAGCAGAAGCGAAAGAUUCUAUGGUUCUAUGCGAUAUAUAUGGUAGGGGGCCUAAGCUUAGGCACUUUUGAUUUCGUGUCCCACAGCCCUUGACUGAAUUUGUUACUUGCUCCUUGCCCCACACCUUGAAUUUUUGUAUCUUUCCCUCUCACCCAUUGGAGAAAUAGAACCUUUGUUUUGUUAUCACUGUACCUGUUAUUUGUGAGUCUGAACAUAAGGCUAUGUACCAUCUUUUAAUUCUGGGGUGGUGGGGAAGCACUACUGCAAGACCUGGCACCUUCACUGAUGCAGCUUCAAUAAAGAAAGAGAGAGAGAGAGAGAGAGAGAGAGAGUAUACUACACUUAACAGAAAAUGGAUAUGAAAAUAAAUUGGACUUGAUAGUAUCCCUUGCAGGGGCAGUAUCCUUUUCCUCCAUGCCCACAACUCUCCUGAAAAUGAUAUACAGUAUACUACUCUCAACAUGUUCCAGAAAAACAUGGGAUUCUAGGAGAACCACUGCAAAAUGCAGGUGAUGUGACUGCAUACAUUAGAGAACACCCAAAACCUUCCUUGCUUGCCAUAGAAAACUAGCCUUGAGAUGGAAGUUUAAGCAGGAUUAGAACACUGCUCUCUGGAAAGCUAUCUUUCAACAGGUAGGGAGGCUUUAAAACAUAUGUGUUGAGAGUGGAAUCUCACAAUUCAUCCUCUUCCUGCAAACUGCAUUUUAAAAUAGUACAGUGGUGAAUUGAGAGAUAAAAGCCGUCUGAAUGCCUGAUCCUGUGUGUGAGUGUGUCUUGCUGCUUGUAACACCUUAAUUGGAUAUAGACUUGGACAGUAGUGCAAUCAGUGCAGGGAACUGCUUCUUAAAUGCAAUCUUAAAAUGCUGUACCAUUUUUCUAAUUCAGCCAUCUGAGUGUUAGUCAAGUACAAUGAAGCUAUAUCAUGCUGUUCAUGUUUUUGCUUCUUAUAGGCUUCCAGGUGUUUGAAAUACAGCUGAUUCUAAGACGAGCUAUUCAAGAUAUUUGGACGAUUCCUUUAGGAGGUCAAAAAGUAAGUUUCAUAUUGUCGUGUUUAAAAUGGAACUGGUGCAUUCAUGGCAUCCAAGUCCUAGGAAUACGGACAUCUUGUCUUUACCAUUGUGCAGGUUUCCAUAUAUAGAUAUUUGAGAAUUCUUCUAAACUUUUGGCAGGAGUGUAUAAAAACAAUUUGGCUAGUAUUUUUCCUGAGGUUAGAUCUUUCUAAAUAAAGGUCUUUAGGUCACUGGAGGCAGAACACUAAAUUGGCUCUGUUAUACUUUACUAGGCUGCCUCCCUGUUAGCCAUUUAUGGUACAUCUGUUCAUUAAUUGGACUCAUUCCAAUCUGGGUUCAGCCCUAGCGACAGUGGUUCCAAUCCUACCUUCAGGACCGAGUCCAGAGAGCAGCCUUGGGAAGAGUGCCUUUCACCCCCCUGACGACUAUGCUAUGGGGUGCCAUAGGGAGUAUUUUAUAUCCAGUGCUAUUUAUAUCCAGUCUACUGAUGACACUCAGUUCAGUUUCUCCAUAACAUCUGAAUCAAGAGGGGCUGUGCGAUCCCUGGGCCAUUGCCUGGAUGCAGUGGUGAAAUAGAUGAAGAAUAACAAGCUAAGCUUGAAUCCUGGCAAGACGGAGGCACUCUGAGUGAGUCGUACCUGUGUAUGAGAAAUUGGUUAGUUGCCUGCUGUGGGAUGGGUUUGCACUUCAUCUGAAGCAGCAAGUUUGUGGUUUUGGGGUCUUCUUGAUCCAGCUUUGUCACUGGAGGCACAGGAAGCCUCAGUUGACCAACUGUGGCUGGUUUGACUGCUAUGGCCAUUCCUGGACCAAAGUACAUUUAUGCAACAGUUAUAAUUGGCAGUCCGAGGCCAGGGUGGUGUGAUGAAAUCUCAGCAGUUUAUGCAUGUGGGCUGAUCCAUAGGUGGUGCACAAAUCGCACACUUGCCAACGUACAGCUUCUGUCCUGUCUUGCUUCAGGUGAUGGUGAAGAAGAUAAGUCCGCAGCAUCGCUGGCAGCUGGAAAAUACUUCUUACGAUUCUUGUCGGAGAGAGCAAAUUCUGUUCUCUGCAAGGGGUUUCACCAACCUUUUCCAGACACUAGUUAAAGCAAAGAAGGUAGAUCCCACUUUCUUUAGGGUUUUUUUUAAAUAAAAGAAUAACAAUUCAGAUGUAAAGGCACAGUGGUAGAAAAUUCUAAAUAACUUUUGAAAAGCUUAACAGAAUAUGUAUAUAUAAAGUUAUACUUAUACAGGUGAUAUCAAUUAAAAUUGUACUGGCCUAGUGAUGGUUGAAUUUUUAUAUAUGAAAUGACCAGAGCCAUUGAAAUUCAGCUGGUGAUCAGUGAUAAGCUCAAUAAACUGAUCAUCGCUAGGCCUUUAUUUUGUAAAUUGCAUUUCCUUUCUUAACGGGCCUAGUAUAAAACAUAUUCACAUUAACCACUGUUCAGCAGUGCUGUGUUUUUGACAAUCUUACCUUUCUCUCUGCAGCCACUGGUGGGACACAAUAUGCUGAUGGAUCUUCUGCAUCUGCAUGAGAAUUUUUACAAGCCCCUCCCUGGUAAUGUCACUUCCAGCUUUAAUCACAAAGAGACUUUUGUAUCCUUUCCCCAGUAGGAUCCUUGCUCCUGAUCCUCACCUUUGCUUUAGGAACUGAUCUAUUUCUGGUUAUUGGUCAAGCUAUUGUCAGCAGUUUAGUUGUUCAUUAACAAGCAAACAUCGCCAUCUUCUCUCUCAUUUUUUUUAAAAGAAAACUACGAUGAAUUUAAAAAGAACAUACAUGCCCUGUUUCCUGUUGUCAUGGACACAAAGAACAUAGCAAAGGCCACCUGGAAGGUAACUCUCAUAGGCUGCUGAUGCUCAGGAUUGCCUCUCCUCUUGCCCCUCUCUCACUGUGUCAAUGCAAGGGUCCAUGGCUCAGCAAAUAACCACCUAGUUUGUAUGCCGAAUGUCCCAGGUUCAGUCCACAGCAAAGGAUCUUGGCUACAGCUAAAAGAUGCCUUUUGCUUAAAACAUUGGUGGGCCACUGCCGGUCAGAGUAGACAAGACUGGCCUAGAAUAAUUUAAAGCCUGGCAGUUCCAUAUGUUCAGAAAAUGAGCAAGGAAACUCCAAUUUUGUCUCCUUCCCAAAGAGCAGUGACAACUUCUGUCUGUCGUCCACUAUUUCUUCCCAGAAGUGGAGCAGCGAUCUGCAUUAGUGGUACUUGAGGGUUCUUAGUUCCAUCCUGUUGUUGGGAUUGUGACUCUUGUCUCUUGUAACACCAGUGUUUUUCCCACAUGAAGGCAAAAUGUGCGCUGCAGACAGGACAAUUCAAAGUGUUGGUGCUGACCUUUAAAGCCCUAAACGGCCUAGGUUCUGUAUACCUGAAGGAGCGUCUCCACCCCUGUCGUUCUGCCCGGACACUGAGGUCCAGAGCCGAGGGCCUUCUGGCAGUUCCCUCACUGUGAGAAGUGAGGUUACAGUGAACCAGGCAGAGGGCCUUUUCAGUGGUGGCGCUCACCCUGUGGAACGCCCUCCCAUCAAAUGUUAAGGAAAUAAACAACUAUUUGACUUUUAGAAGACAUCUGCAGGCAGCCCUGUUUAGGGAAGUUUUUAAUGUUUGAUGUUUUAUUGUGUUUUUAAUAUUCUGUUGGGAGCCGCCCAGAGUGGCUGGGGAAACCCAGCCAGAUAGGCAGGAAAUAAAUUAUUAUUAUGAUUAUUACUAUUAUUAUUACGGUUAAAUUCCUGACUGUGGUUGUAAUUGUCACAUUCAGCAGGGCUUUAGGGGAAGGGUGCAUUAUGGGACUUGACAGGUUUUCUUUGAUGUGGUUGGCAUUCCCAAGCUUGUAUACUUGGAUGCCUUGGGAACAACAUGAUAAACUUAAUGAUUGGAGGCGGGAGGAUGUGCUGAAACUGUAUGGCCAAACAAGUGGAAACCUUGCCUUUUGAGUCAGUGUGUGAAUGAGAAGGUGAUAGGACAGCAGUUUCUAGUCUCGGGUUACAGCUUUGAUGUUCUGUUCCUAAGGGCAUGUUGUAUGUUACAAUCCUGGUAUGGCUGCUGUUAAGAUUUCUACCUGUGCGCAUCCCAGUUACAUGAAAUAGCAUACAGAACAUUUCAAAGUAGCUGAUUACUGAUGAGACGCAGGUACCUCCAACUGACUGACCCACAGUGAACCUCUAGUUUCAGUUGUUCAGUAAAUGUGCAGUAAUCCUGUAUCUUUAUGAGGAUAAUGAUGUUGGAGGGGUCAGGGCCUUAGAAGACAAACAAUGGUAUAGGAAGCUUCAAGAACAGACAUGUUGCACUAGAGUAGUUGAUGUCCUAUGCACUGCAAUCCAUUGUUACUUUGUGAACCUCCAGCUCUUUCCAUGUCACCAAAAAGCUUAAAAAAAUUCUUCCUUUUAAACAGGAGUUCCAGUUUCCUCGAGCUGAAAAUCUUUUGGAGCUUUAUAAAGUUCUGAACAGGUGAGCCAUUUUAUUUGUGUGUGCGUGUGUCGCCAUUGGAUUUAUCACUAAGUUAGCCUGCCUGAAAAAGAACUAUAACAAGUUGUUCCAUAAUUCAAUCAGGAUUUUUUUGGGGGGGGGGUCAUGCCCUGCAGAUGUUGACCCCGUGAUCAGUUUAGAUUAGGGUAGAUGGUACUUUGUUCUUCCGUCAAAUGUUUGAAGAAAUUACACAUUGAUUGCCCAGUAGUCCUGUAUCUUCUGAGUGAAGUGGCCCUCUUAGGCUGCAGAUCUCAGGGUAACAUUAAGAGGCAGCGAAUGGACAACUGCUCUGUAGAAUUUAAGACCAUGGGGAGCAUAAUUACAGAUUGGGGAAGGGGCUUAACACCUGAUAGGAGAAAAUUAAAAUUGUUGCCUUCUUCCAGUUUUGAAAAUGUUUUGCAUUGCACAGUGAUUAACACCUAUCUGACCACAAUUGGUUUUUUAAAGAAUUCAAACAUCCCUUGCCUCUUCUAAAAGAAAAAGACAGCCCAGUGUUUCUAUUUCACUGGAAAGGCAAGACAAGGAGGACAUAUGAUAACUUUUAUAUAAAUAGGCACAAUGGCUAUAUUCUGCUUCUACUGUUGGAAGUAAUAUACCUUUGAAUACCAGUUGGUAUUCCAUUCAGGUUGUAUUUGCGGGCUUCCCAUGGUUGGCCACUGAUAGAACAGGAUGCUGGACUUGGGUCUGAUCCAGCAGGGCUCUUCUUAAGAACUGAAAGCUUGACAAUUGAUACCUUUCAGCAGUGACAUGAAUCCCACAAACCAGCCUUGUCCAGAGAUCUUUCAUGCAAGCGACUGCCUCAGAUACGGUAUGUCUGGCUAUGGAAACAAAUUCUUGGCGUGUAGUCAUUAACCUGAAUAAGUACUACGACUGAUACGUUUUCAGUUGCUUUCAUCACAGAGCAAAGUCACGAGGAGCUUUGAACAGGAUUGUGAUGCACAUAGCUUUGCAUUUCUACCCCUUGCAGCACACAUGCACCAAACUGUUCGUUCUGCCCUUGUUCCCUACCUACCGUAUUUUUUGCCCUAUAGGACGCACUCCAAAAAUGAAGGGGAAAUGUGUGUGCAUCCUAUGGGGCGAAUGCAGGCUUUCGCUGAAGCCUGGAGAGCGAGAGGGGUCGGUGCGCACCAACCCCUCUCGCUCUCCAGGCUUCAGGAAGCUCUCCGCAAGCCGUGGGAGAGCUGCGCGAAGUCGCGCAGCUCUCCCACGGCUUGCGGAGAGCUGCCUGCACCCAGAAGCCUAGGGCGCGCUGAGCUCAGCACGCCCCAGGCUUCGGGCUUCACGCAGCUCUCCCACGGCUUGCGGAUAGCAGCCUGUUCUGGGGGCUGGGGUUGAGGGAAGCUCGGGCUUCCCCCACCCCACCCCCGCACCUGAGGGGGGGAAAUAAUUUUUUUUUCUUUAUUCCCCCCCCCCAAAAAAACUAGGUGCACCCUAUGGGCCGGUGCGCCCUAUGGGGCUAAAAAUACGGUACUACUACUGCAGUCCACAACACUGGGAAAAUAGAUUCUUAAGGCAUUCUGCAAGGCCAAAAUCAGCAGUGAACCUCCAACAGGCUUUGCAUGAUACUACUUCUACUGCCAGACCAAACUCAAGUUGGCUGUGAUCACAACUUAAUGAUGGGAUCUGAUGAUAUUGCUUCAGAAUCCUUGUAGAGACUGCCAUGCUCUAGAUUCUUAGAGGUGGGAGGAAAACGGCAACAUAAAACAAAGAGAAACACGAUAGGUUGUCUGUGGAAGUUGUUUUGGGUCAGAUCAUUAUAGACUGUCUGGGGAGAUGUUACCUUUUCUGUUUUGUUGGAAACCUUUCAGCUACAAAGGAGUCUCCUCACGAGGCAGCCUAUGAUGCAUUUCUCUGCGGAUCAGGUAUGGGUGUAAUUUUUUGUGUCUAAAAUAACCCCUUCCAUCGGCAUUGUGCUAGUUCAACAUAUGGGGCAGUCUGUCUACUUUGUUAAUAAAGAAACUGUACAACCGGAUGGGCGGGGUGGAAAUAAUCUUUAAUAAAUAAGUAAAUAAUUACAAACCUCUUAUGGAUAUGAACAUUUGUGACAGAGGGUUUCAGAGCAAAACCUCAUGUUCUUCCUGAAUGACAUAUUUAUUCUUAUUUUAAAGUUUCUAAUAAUUUAGGCACUGUGCAGAGUUUUUUAAAUAAAUAAAUAAAUAAACAAGCAACCACUGCCUACAGGCUUACAAUCAAAUGGAUAUGACACAAAAGAAAUAGAGAAGGAAGAGAACAGCAAGACAAAAAACCACCACGUAUACAUACGUAUCUAAUAUUGACCAGCUAGAACGGCCACUGGGGAGAAGUGGUCAUUUCACUGGGAGAGGUUGUUUACCUCUCUCAGUGGACUAGUAUUUUGUCCCAGCUGACCCCAUGGAGUGUGCUUUGCAGCCUGUCCUCUCCCUCAGGUGCAGCCAAAUAUAAUUGUGAUCAUAACUCCUAUCCUGUUAUUUCUCUUUUCAUAGCAAGGGGGGGGGGGGAAAUCAGCACGAGCAGAGCUGGAAAAUCUCUUUAUGUUCAGUUUUUCCUUUUUGAAAGUUAGUAAAGGAACUUCUUGUAGAUCCUGUACCUCACUCAGCACAUGAAUGUUACGAAAUAUUUGAAGACUUCUAUUUCCUUUUAGUAGUGAUAAGUACCUAGAGUAUAUGAUACAGUGAUUUGGCCCCCGGAUGAGGCCAAAUCAAGCCAAUGUGCUUUUCUCUUUGAAGCUGUACAAGGCAGUCGUCUUUGUUUCUGCUUUAUUGGUUUUAAGCAGGCUUAGGUAGCUAGCAGUUCUUCUUCCAGGAGGUGGUCACCUCAGUCCUUUAUAGAGGCAAGUAGAAGCUGCAGGGAUGCUGUUUACAUAACCAGCCAGGAGUUAUUGCUGCUUUUCCUUUCAUGAUACUAAAGAAGUACUGUGCAAGGAUUUCCACUUGCGCAAUGGGACUCCCUCGCCCCAUGUGUGCCCCUGCAUCCCUCAAAAUUAGUUUGGGAGAACCCUCAGAACAGUGCAAGGAGGAGGCAUUAUGGAGUGCUUGUGGAAACAGACCGAUUGGAAGAGUGGGACUCUGAAUCCCCUCAUAAGUCUUUUUUAGUAAAGUUUUGAAGGCCUAAAAGAUUGAUGUCUUAUUUGAUCAACUCUCAGAACAAUCUAAUUCCUAUUUUUGAGCAUCAAAAAGCUUUUCUAGGAGUCUCCCCUCUCCACCCCAAUUUUGCAGUCUUACCGUUUAUAAGUUGUUAGAUGUAACAAUGGAAUUAUUUAUUUUUCCAGUUCUUCUGAAAAUAGCCCAUUUGCUUCUUGACAGAAUUUCUUGGUAAGUAAAUAGCUUGAAUGUUUCCCACUUCUGAAUAAUCUUCCUCACUGUAGAAUGAUGGACUUAAAAUUGGUUGGAGGUGGCCUAGAACCCUUCCCAGUUUCAUGGACAGCAGCACUUGCUUCCCUAAGAGCAUUGUGUGGUCUUUCCUCCUUGGCAUUGUGUUAAAACACACCUGAAUGCUCCAGACCAGCAAACUGCGGAAACUUUGGCUUUUAUAGAGUUGGGCACACAUGCUGAUGAUCAAUUAAGCAAGGACAUUUGAUUAGCAGCCCCUGUCCGCUACUUAGCCUAUUAAUUCCUAUGGAAGCAGUAGGGGUAUACUUAGUUUUAUCUCUAUUUUGGCUUUAUUUUUGUUAAAUAAAUAAUGACACAGUAUAAUAUGUCGUGUUGUUGUUCAUCUGGGGUUGUAUUUACCAAAUUUGGGGUUGUGUUUACCUGAUAAUGAUUGCUAUUAUGUCCUGAUAUGUAAAACCACAGAAUUCAAUGAGGGUGCACUUUCUUUUUCUUAUGACUGUAUUUAGUAGUAGCUGCUUGGUGACAGGUUCUGAAAGGUGAUUUUAAUACUUAUAGACAGGGCCUGUCAGCAACAGACCUUAGAAACUGUCAUCAAGCACCCUUAAGACCCCCAAAGUAAAUAUCAAUAUUCUCUUAAUGUAUAAAAUAUCCCUUCAAUAAAAAAAAAUCCCAGUUAUCAUACCAAGCUCCAUUAAACUCAUUCUAAGGCAGGCUUCCUCAAUUUUGGCCCUCCAGAUGUUUUUGCUAGCAGGACCAGUGGUCAGGGAUGGUGGGAAUUGUAGUCUCAAAACAUCUGGAGGGCCGAGGUUGAGGAAGCCUGUUCUAAGGGACCAGGUAGCAGUGGAAAGGGGUCAAAUUGAGGAACUCUUUUCCUUUGGCAUGGAGUUCCAUGAAAUAUAAAAAUUAAAGAAUUUAUUGUAUUUUAUAACAUUGGAAUGUGUUGUAUGAUGGUACUCUAGUUUCAGUUUGCAUUAUUGGGCAGAGGGAAUUGCUCUGAGGCAGGUAGUAGAAGAGACCUUACCCUUUUCUAAGAAAAAUAGUUAUAUAUAUGCAUACAAUCUUGGCAUUCCUAAGUUCUUCUAGUAUAUUAUUCCCCACAGAAGAUUUUUUUUUACGAUCCACUGCCUCUUCUUAAUUUAGUGAUCCAACAAGGACUGCUCCCUCGUUUUCUCAGUACCUUGAUGUAUUGGCUGCAUGUGUGAAUCAAGUGAACAUUAUCCGAGCUGGUGUUCAGAAAAUAGUGAGUAUGAAAUGUGAAAAGAUUCCAGUUAGCCACUUGCCAAGAGAAACCACUUGUGUAACAUCCCCACAAGCUCAGAUGGAAUAGGAGCAGGGAGCAGGAGCUCUUGUGAGCUCUGUUGUUUUGGAGAUAGUUUUGUAGUUUGCAUGGCUGAAGCCUGGAAUGUUAGAGAAUGGAAGAUGAGGCAAAGAGUGAUGCUAAAAGGUAGACCCUCCAGAUGUGUUGCCUCCAGAUGUACCUGACCAGUGGUGAGGAAUAAUGGGAGUCAUCAUCAUCAUCAAACCUUUUAUUGGCAUCACAUACAAACACCCAUAGUAAAUCAAUACAGAGUUACCACCUCCCCAGUGUCACAGAACAUUUGUCAAAUGAAAAGAGGCAAAACAGUCUAAUGUUACAUCUCUAGGUCUCCAGGAAGAUCAGAUGUCUGCAAUGUGUUUCUGUGACAAAAUAAAAAAAAGAUAUUUAGCCACUAACUUGGUGAGCUCCUGAUCAUUUCCCAGUAAUAGAAAAUGUAUGACCUCCUACUCUGGUUUCCAUUUGGGGAUGCAGAGUUGAUCUAGAAACUGCUGGCGGAGAUCAGCAUAUAGUUUACAUUUAAGAACCACAUCAGUAAGAGUUUCCAGCAGGUGGUCUUCACAUAAUUUUUAUAUUUCAUAAUAUAAUAGAGCCAUGCAGUUGCGUAAAGUGGAGUUCCCUGACCUAAACCCUGCCUGCUCUGGACGUAUGAUGUUAUUUUCAUCAAGCCAAGUAGUUAGUUUAUUUAGCAGAUGUUUAGCGUACAGUUUCCCGAUGUUUGACUGUAGACUUAUUGGCCGAUAGUUGGUUGGCAGCUUUUGUCACCCUUUUAAAAGAUUGGGAUAAUUAUAGAUUGCUGCCAUGAGUUAGGCAUGAUACCAGAUCUAUCUAUCACAGUGAAUAGAUCCGCUAGUAUAAGAGCCCACCACUCUGACUUGGCUUUGAUCAAUUCAGAUGGAAUAGCAUCAGGGCCAGCAGCCUUGCCUGCUUUCAUCUGAUCAAUUUAACUUGUAACUUCAGUAAUGGAGACAGGGGGCCACUCAUCCGCGAAAGUAAAAAUGUCCUGGUCCUGACUGUCAGGUGGAAUACAGUCAUUGAAGAAAACCGCCUUGAAAUGCUCUACCCAUGACAAAGAUGGAAUCAGUGUCAGUGAAUCAUCCUGUGUCUGUGGGGAGUCUGCUACAGUCUUCCAAAAUUUCUUAGGAUCUUUUGUUAGGAUGGCUGAGAGUAGCGUAUCCCAACAUGCCUGAUUAUAUCUUAUCUGGCUAAGCUGGAUAGUUUCCCCGAGUUGUUGGAAUCUGGAUGUGAAGGCGAUCUGGCUGCGACAUCUGUCACCCCAUUGAUCACCAGGGUUGAUUUGGCUGAUCUGGCUGGCUAGGCAGGUGUCCCCUUCCUCCCGCACCGCUCCAUGUGCAUCCCUCCUGAAGCUGCCCCCUCGGUGGAAGAGGAUGACCAUCCCAGAUAGAAGGAGUGUACUGUUCUUCGGUCAAGGGAAUACGAUAGCUGCGCUCCCUUGCUAGAACUUCCAAUAAUGGGAGUCAUAGUCAACAUCUAGAGCGUACCAUGCUAGCUACCCCUGUUGUAUUGAAUUUGAUUCACUGAGAAAGGCAAUUAGGAAAUAAAGGAAUUUACAUGUAUGUUACAUGUGCGCACAUGCAAGGACAAAAAGUAAGCUCAUUUUAUUAAAGUACCCCAAACUUUCCAGAAACUGGACAAAACAGUAUUUCUUCAUGAUGAGGAAAGAAAACACAUGCCCAUGUCAUCUGACAGACAAUACAAAUAUUCAUAAUUUUCAUAACAGUGCACUGUUUAUCCUGUUUAUAAUUCUUGAUCUUGGAGCUGGGGCAAAAAUUGUGUGACUGCAUUGUUGUACUUGGUGAUGCAGUUUUAGCAUACUGAAUAUGUUUGUAUGCACAUUUUUAUAUAGGAGUACAACAGUAUAGUUAUUAUUGCAGUUAAUUUCUUAAUCACCUUCUAAACCAGUGUCUCAAGGCAACACACAAAAAGGAAGUUAAAGACUAAAAAACAAUAACAGGAAUGUUUUUGCCUGAUGCCUUCAUUACACAUUUUUAGGCACCAGGGCAAAAACCUUCAGCCUCUCUCAGGCCUUUGGCUAAUUAAGCAAUCUGUGGCUUUUUAAACAGUGCCGGGUGGUGUAUUGUUUUUGGUUGUUGUUGUCGUUGUUGAUGAUGCUGAUGCUGAUGAUAAUAAUAAUAAUAAUAAUAGUGGGCAACCAGAGCAAACCCUGCAAGCAAGGCAUUAUAGGUUGGCAGUAGUUUGCCCCCACAAGUUUGCCCCUAGCCACUGUGUUCUGCCCCAGAUGCAGCCUCUGAAGGGUAGCCCGGCAUAGAACAAAUUGCAGGAUCCAACCAUGAGGUUGUCAAUGCAUGGGCAACCAUGUUCAAGCUAUCCCAAUCCAGGAACAGGAAAAGCUGUUGGUAAAAGGCACUCCUAGCCACUGAGGACACCAGCAAACAAUAAAAGGACUUGUAUUCCAAAAAAAAAAGUCAGUCUACAACAUCCUUGGCUCUUCCCUUCCUCAACCUAGCUAACAGUUCUUCAUAGUGUGAUCCCUUGCGAGGUCCGGGGCCUGGCUGCGACAACCAAUGAGGGUGAGUGGACUUGCCCCUUCCACCCUUCCAGAGCCGUAACCCCAGGGUGCUCAAACCACAAACAAAUAACAAGAACUGUUUUGGGGGGUGUUCAAUGUGACUGAUUUUUAAUAAAAAUAACCACCAAAACCUGAUGUUAAGCAUUAAUGUUAAACCACCGAUUCUAAACUACCAUGGUGUUUGUGUGUGUUGUGUUUGGCAUAGUUUAUUGAAAUGAUUCAUAAUACCGUACUUAGAACCUUUUGUGAAUCUUCCUCAUGGUGCCUUCAGUAGCUGAAGGGUUAACUUAAUUCUUUCCUUAGAAUUUUUCCGGUAUGGAUGACCCUAUAAAGCUUCCACCACUCCUUAUCAUUAAUGUGCGAGGAUGGCCUGGGGUUGAUGAAGAGCAGAUCUAUCGGGAGUUUAAAAUCUUCUGCAGAUUUGAUGUGCGGCGGCUAAAGAGGAACCAGUUUCUCUUACUCUCCAAUAAUUUUAAAAAGUAUGUGAUCAAAAACCACCUUCUCUCUACCUUAGCAGUUGUUAUUCUGCCAGUUUUCUCUGAUAUAUGUUGGACCAGACAGAGUCUCAUUCCAAAACAUCUGGAGCAGCAGGGGAAGUAUAUGCUUAUACUCUGCUCAAUAGCCGCACCCAUGUAUGCUGCUGGGUAUUUGAAAUGCUUGCAAAUCCAAGGGUGCAAGAAACACAAUGAUACCCUUCGGAAGUGGGGGAAAUCCAGUGUGCUCGUAUUUUCAAAUUUAAUGUAAUUUCAUAUAUAUAUAUAUAUAUAUAUAUAUAUAUGUCAGUUUUCAAGAAUUUACAAAUACAAAUCUUACAAUGUCAUACUUCCAAUACAAAUACAAAUCAAGCUUCCCUCCCUCCUUUUGUGGUUUCUACUCUUAUUGAAAUUUUUAACACUGCAUUUUCCACUUUACUCCAUUUCUUAAUUAUUCUACAAUUAAUAAUACUUUUAAGCUAACCCUACCAACGCACUUAGUUGCAUACCACGAUUUUUCAAAUAUUCCACAAAUAUUCCGCACUCCUUAAUCAUUCCCCCCCCCCCCUUGGUUUCUUAACACACCCGUUAAUUUUGCCAUUUUGGCAUAAUCCAUCAAAUUGAUCAGCCACUCUUACUUUGUUGGAACAACAGCCGCUUUCCACCUCUGGGCAAAGACCAUUCUGGCUGCGGUUGUAGCAUACAUAAAUAAGUUUCUACGGUCCUUUGGAAUUUCUGUAUUCACUAUCCCUAAAAGAAAAGCUGCUGGUUUUGUUUUGUUUUACUAAAAGUUAUUUUGAACAUUGUCUUCAAUUCAUUAUAUGUAGAUCAUUUCCCAGAAGGCUUUUGUUCGCUUACAGGACUUUACAUUUCCAACACAAAUAAAUACCAGGAGAUAAAUACCAUCUAUACAUCAUUUUCAUAUAAUUUUCUUUCAGUGUACAUAACAUGCUGUGAAUUUUCAAUCAACCUUCCACAACUUAUCCCAUGCAGCCAUUUCAAUAUUGUGACCAAUGUCUCUUGCCCAUUGAAUCAUCACAGAUUUCACCUGCUCAUCUUUUGUUUCCCAUUCUAACAACAUUUUAUACAUUAUAGGAAUUACUUUGUCAGUAUUCCCUAGUAGUGCUCUCUCAAAUUGCUUAAUGCAAUUUCCAGGACAUCUUGGAGGGAUUGCUAGUAAAGCAGAGAAAAUAGAAACUUUUCUUUAGAUUCUUUUUUUUUUUUACAAGAUCAAAACAUAUAUGUAUUAGACUUUAAAAAGUAUUUUUGUAUUUGCACUCAUGGGGUUUUGUAGGGCCAUAGGUUGCCCGCCCUUGCUGUAUUAUUAAAUGGCAGCAGACAGAGGAGUAUAUGGUUGCUUCAAAUUCAAGCAGCGCCUGAAGGAGGAUAUUCUCAGGGCUUGCUUGCUCUCAAGUGGGGGGGGGCAGGAUGGGACAGGAAAGGCUGACAUUGCAAAUUGCCCUAACCUGGGUUUGUACUGGGGUUGAUCUUGGGAGUGGCUGGGAGGUAUUCUCUUUUUUUAUUAUUAUUUAAUUUCCCCCCAAAGUUGUAGAAGCGUAUAAACAAAACCAUCACACACCUCCUCUUUGGUUGUGGGCUCAAAAGUGGGAAGAGAAGGGCACUUUUUGUUUUGUUUUUUUUCUUAAUAAUAAUAAUAAUAAAUUAUUUAUAUCCCACCCUCCCCAGCCGAAGCUGGACUCAGAGUGGCUAACAACAGUAAAAGUAACACAGUUUACCUAAAAUCACAAUCAAUUAAUAGAAAUACAAUCUAAAAUCAAUUGAUUCUAAAAUCAAUUCAGAAUCAAAUUAAGGGCAACCAUUGGGGUAGAGUUCUGUGAGGAUUACCAAAGGAGGGUAUCAGACUGUGCCUUGGCCAAAGGUCUGGUGGAACAGCUCUGUCUUGCAGGCCCUGCGGAAAGAUGUCAAGUCCCGCUAUAAAUAGGGGGAGAAAGAGGGUGUGUAGGUAGAUGGAGCCUGCCCUCCCUCAUGGCAGACAGUCAACAUGUGGGCAUGAGAGCUGCAAGAAUAGGGAUGAGUGACGGUGUGUUUAGUAUGUAUUGUCCAUAAAUAAAUGGCAGGUGGGUAGAGUCUCUUUUGGGAGGGAAUUGUCCGGUGAAAACAGCAGUUGGAUCAACAGAUUUACAGCUUCAAACAGCACCAGUUUGGGUCCAGAAGCUAAUUUUUGGCUAUCAGAUCAUUCUUCUUCUUUGUAGGUCAAAGUUGUACUUUUCUUAAUUAUUCUUACAGUGUCAGAAUGGUUUUGAGAGAAUAUAAAAAUCAUCCCAACGUGCAGAUUUCCCCAUACCACCACUGGAGGCAUUCUCCACAAGUGAAUUUCUUCCUUCAGUAAGUAAAGUUAACUUUAUACAUAAUCUCAUUUUUUAUUAUUAUUAAUAGAAGCCUUGAUGAAACUUAGCUUUUUAAAGUUAUAUCUCCCACCCACCCACCCAAAAGUGAGGGAAGAGAGACUGAAAUAAAUCCCUUCCUAUUCUUGACAGUUUGCUGCAAAGCAUGGAUCAGGGUAUAGUAUAAUACAUGUAGCAAUUCUAUAUCUGUACUCAGUUUUAUUUUCAGUACUUUAGGAGGUGGGAGACAAAAACUAAGGUUGUGAUUAAGGGUGUCUGGAAAAGGUACAUUUUCUGGACUUUUUUUUAAAAAAAGAACUGUUUUUAUUGAUGGUUUUGAUAUUUCUUGUGAAGCGCUUAAGUAUAUAAUUUUUGGUAUAAAAAUAGAUAUUGGAAGUCAUGCUUGUGAAAGUGAAUAUAAAAACAGAGUCGGGGAGGGCUCAAAAUGUUGAUUGUUGUGGCUGAUGUUCUCCUGGAUAUUCUUCUCUCUUUUCAGAAUUUGUGGCGUUGUGACCUCUUGGUCUCUGCUGGCAUUCUUCCUUGGAGGAUCUGCCAAUUAUGCUUCGUAAGCAAUCAUCUACUGGAAGCAUUUUUAUCUGCUGUGUGUCCUUUUCUUCCUCAUCAUCACUGUAAGCGAUACUUACAAUAUAUUAAAAUACAUUGCAUUUC